AUGAAAAAGCUCGGACCUGAGCAUAUUGAUGUCGCCUAUGCGCGGAAUAACAUGUAUAGAUAAGCUUCAAAUGGAGAAAUAGAUAGACAGUCGGCGGUCGAUCAUUACAGGGGUUUACAUUCUCAAACGGGAAAGUGUAUGAUCAUGUAAAAAGGUUACAGAUUUCCAAAUAACCAUAAAAUAGAAGGACAUACGUUUCACAAGCAUAAACACAACGCAAGCGCUAUGAGCAUCCUUUCACCUAUCACUUUUACUUCGCGCCCUCCUCGCGCUCACCCUAGUUAUUGCAGUUUUCGCUUGAAGAAUGCUCGACUUUGUCACGCAACAGAACUGCGUGUCCACAGGAAAUCGCGUGAGCCGCUAUAUUCUUUUUUUGAUGCCGCGCAUACAUGGAUCACGCAUACUGAAAUGUUGUGUUCACUUUCAAAACAACCUUUCACAAGCGUCACUGGUUUUUCCUUCUAAUAAGUGGUGAUUAUAAACGGUUCAACGCACAUUAAGAAUAAGCUUUUGGAAGACAUUCAUGACUUGAGCGUGUUUGGCUUUCGACAUGCGACCCUGGAUGAUUGGAGACAGAAGCCUUCUUUCUUUACUGAAGUGAUUAUAUUGCAACUUUGCUGUAUAAUCCCUGAAUAAUUCGACGCAGUAAGUAUAAUACAUAUCAUCGAUUCACGUUAUAUCACUAAAAAUAACAUUUAACAGUUGUCUGUAAAUCUUUUUGUUGCAAGUCAAUGUUCCUCAGAGUUUGAAAGAAGUAGCUUUAAGUAAUUCCUAGUUAAGGAACUUCAGAGAACUUCAAAGAGCCUUUCUCGCCGUGACCAUUGUCAUUUUUCUUCCGACAUUGUCAUUAUUGUUCUAUUUAUAGAGAGCAUUUGAUGCCUGAAUUUAGUCACUUUCUGUUGUCGAAUGUGUUUCCUGUUGACGAGAAACUCAAAAAGAGAGAUCCAAAGAUAGAAAAGGGAAGUCUACAAUGCCUAUUUGAAUUCUUAUCCAUGGGCAAGACUCAUAAAUAUAUAAAACUGCACAAACCUCUAUCUAUUGGAACAUUCUUGAACACGGAACCAUCAUAGAGCGGCUUCUAUUAUGUAAAUUUAAGCAAUUUGUUUAUUCCUUCACUCAAGAUAUUCGGUUUACGAUAUAUUCUUUUAUCUAUCCUCGUCGAAGCGAAGUAAAACCCUCCAUAAACCAUUACAAAGAAAAUCAAAAAGAACAAUCUUUUGGAUUCCAAACAGUUGUUUUCUUGCAAAGUCUUUAUCUAUCGAAUUCAGCCUUGUUCGUGCAUUUUCACUUGUUUAAGCCAGGCCGUGAGUUAUUAACAAUUAUGAGCACUUGACUGCGGGCACUUGUUCUACUUGUGGUAACCACUAUUAACUCUUUAACUCCCAUGAGUGACCAAGACAGAAUUUCUCCUUACAAUAUCAGCACAAUAUCAAGCAGACAAGUGAUGAGAAUAAAGAAAAUUAUCCAUUAGGGAUUAAAAGUUGAUCCAAUACCAAAUUUUCCAAACCAACAUCACAAGAACUCUUUGGCAGACAGUGAGGAGAAUUACUAAUGAGAUCUUGGGAGUCAAAGGGUUAACAUGACAUGGAAGAGCAGAGGCAGACUUGAAUUUCUUCCCUUUGUGUCUUAUGCUUAAUGCCGGAACUGAUAACAAAGCUAGAACAUUUGUGGUAAGACAACUAAAGAAGUUAAUGAGUUGACUGCUGUCGUUUGCGGGUUGCAACUGAAAUAAUUGCUACUUAAAGCUAAUUACCCCGUCCUUUGGUAUUACCUGAACUGUUCCCUUGAGCCCUUUUCUUUGGACUGGACGUUUUCCAAACUUACUCGUGUACAGUCUCACCAUUUACAAUAGUAAGUCAGUCAAGGGGUUCCUAUCUUUCCUCGCCCAUCAAUCGUUACAUUUUCUUUUGCUUUUUCUUGACAUUUGAUUGUUUUAUCGUAAAGGAACUCUUAACACUCCUCUUCAGAAGUUAAAGAAUCGGGCGUUUUAUUCAGAGAGGUAAUUAUCAUCAAAGUUUCAAGGUGAACAAAGGGGAAGGGUGAGUGAAGCAGUCGUUAGGUGUAUCUCAUCUCCCCAUAAUAAAGAAAAAAAACUGUCACACCUCCAGUACGAGUGAGACACCAAUGUGGGCCAAAAUCCUACAAAAUCCAGCACGGUGCCUUAGUCAAACGCUUUUACAUAUCUGGUACUUCCAAUUGCUUCGCAAUUAAGCAGUUUGUACUGAUUCUUAUUCCGUGAAAGACAACAGGCCUCGACUUAUUUAGCUCAGCUUAAAACAAACCUUCCAAAGGGAAGAAAAGCCAUUUUUCAGAUGAAAAAUUUUUAAAAUUUCUUUUUUAAAAUUAAAGGACAGUCGCUGAACCGUAAGAAAUUGUUCAAAGUGAAUAUGUCCUUUUCAAUGGAAUGCGAUGAGGAGCAGCUAAACUAUUUCAGGAUUUGGAUUUGAAUAUGGCCUUUUCAAUGGAAUACAAUGAGGAGCAGCUAAACUAUUUCAGGAUUUGUCACGUUACCACUGACAUCUUGACCGAGGGAUUGCGAGAAAUCUUCAAACAAGAAUGGGAUAGUCACUACAAGGCCACGUUAGGAGAAUGGAAAGAUGAUCCAAAAAAUGGAUCGGACUUCUGCAAUGGCGAAUCGCCACGGAACCAAAACAAGCAUGCACGUCUAUUAGCAACCAUGACUAAGGGAAAUAGAGCUGAGUGGGAUUGUACCAUGCUGUUUUACGCCAUUCUUUUCUCUGAUUGCAUUCAUAGUCUUAAUCCAGUCGUCCGGUCAAAUGUGGAUAAACUCAGGUUGUUUCGUAACGAAGAGUUCGCUCAUAUCGCACGAGGUCACCUCUCAGACGUAGAGUUUCAAAAUGCCAUUAGCAAAGUGGAAAAUGCAUUUUUAGCUCUCGGUCUUUCCAUCGUUAAAAUUCAAGAAUUAGAAACCCAAACUUAUUUUCCCACAGAGCAGCUGAGACAUGUUUUGAAGAAGGUAGACGACCUCAAGCACGAAGUUCAGGAGAAAGAAAAAGAAGUUCAGGAAAAAGAGAGAGAAGUUCGGAGAAAGACAAAAAUCUUCAAGAAAAAAAGAAAAGUAAUUCAGGAAAAAGACAAGAAAUUGCAGGAAAAAGGAAAGGAACUUCAGCAAAAAGAAGAACAAAGACAGACUCUUGAAGAACAGUUAAACAGCGAGGCUUCUUCAUUUUGCAUUCUUCCUCCUAAGCCCUCUCAUGAUGUCGCAAAUCGAGAUUCUGAUACAUCUAAGAUUAUUGAACAGUUAAAAGCGCUGAAAAAGUCCACAGGAUUAAGUUACUUGUACCUAUCUGGAAAUCCUGGAAGUGGUAAAUCGCAGAUGGCCUCACUUGCAGCUGAGCGUUUAUUUUGCGAAGAAAGUAUAUCUACUGCAUCGUUUGUAAUGACACUGAAUGCUGAAAACCCUAAAACACUUUUGGAAUCGUAUGCCACUUUCGCUCGACAUCUGAAGUGUCCAGAAUACGCUGUUACCAACACAUUUACCUCCAAAGAUUUAAGUACAGACGAGAAGAUCAUAAGUCUAAAGACAUUGAUCAGCACAAAAAUCGAGCUGUACUCAUCGUGGCUACUGAUAGUUGAUAACGUCACCAACAUGUCUCAUCUGGACGGUAAUUUACCUGAUCCAGGAAAUGGGCAGUGCGCAAAGGGCCAGUUGCUGAUAACAACACAGGACACCGCAUCUAUCCCGCCGUCAGGCUCAUUUAUUCAACAUAUUCCAGUCAGCAAAGGUAUGGAGUCUCAUGAAGCUGGCUCUCUAUUGGAAAUGCUUUCUGGUUUUUCUGACCCCAAGAUGGAAAAAGAAGUUGCUCGGGUAUUAGACUACCAGCCACUUGCCCUAGCAAGCGCUGCCACUUAUGUGAGAGAAGUAAGAAAGAACAAAUUAACUCCCAAUUUUAGCUGGGAUGACUUUCUAAAGAAAUUGGACCAAGGGAAGAGAAGUACAACAGAAGCCAUGCUCGCUGGAAGUAACCCAAGUUACAAAAACUCCAUGACUGCAGCCACAACAUUUGCUGUUAAGAAGACGAUCGCAGCGGAUAAAGUUUUGGAGCACACUUUUCAUUUUCUUUCUGUCUGUGCACCACACCCUUUGAGUCUACAGAUUGUUGUAAAUUAUCUUAGCAAAGUAAAUAAGGAGCCUAAAGACCCUGAGAUAUUUGCUACGAGAAUCUGCAAAUGCUCUUUGCUGUUAUUUGAAGAAGAUAACAGCGGCGUGUACAUUCGGGUGCACCAGAUUGUCCAUGACGUCAUCAAUAAUGUUAUGAAAACCUGCGCCGAAAACAAAGAGCUUGAAGCCGUUGAUGGGGCCAUUCUGUCAUUCUGCCAAGUUAUAGGUCAUGAGGAUGACUCGCAUACUCUUAUUAGAAGCAAGAAAAUUGUUCCUCAUUUAGUAACAAUGAGUGAGAUAAUCGAUGGUCUAUUUUCAGAAGAGGGUAUAUCCGACGCUGUCAAAGCCGGAUCAUCCACUCCCUAUGACUACCGAAACUAUUUCAAAACCCUUGGUCACACCUGCCAAAAAAACUGUGAAUUCCGAUCAGCAUUAACGUACUUCAACGUAAUGUUGCGAUUAACUCAAUGUGACGAUGUGUUUGGUGACGAAGACGUUGUAAAUGCAUAUGGUUACAUAGGUACUGUGCACCAUUCCCUCGGUGACCUGCAGCAGGCAAAAGAAUGUCAUGAUCGUGCAAUAACGAUUUUUCUGAAGAAGCUGGGACCUGAACAUAUCGAUGUGGCAAAUGCUUACGAUAAUCUGGGUACUGUGCAUCAUGAUCUUGGUGACCUGCCACAGGCAAAAGAAUGUCAUGAUCGUGCACUGACCAUUCGUCUGAAAAAGCUCGGACCUGAACAUGUCGAUGUGGCAAAUGCUUACGAUAAUCUGGGCACUGUGCAUCAUGAUCUUCGUGACCUGCCGAAGGCAAAAGAAUGUCAUGAUCGUGCACUGGCCAUUCGUCUGAAAAAGCUCGGACCUGAACAUGUCGAUGUGGCAAAUGCUUACGAUAAUCUGGGUACUGUGUACCAUGAUCUUGGUGACCUGCCGCAGGCAAAAGAAUGUCAUGAUCGUGCACUGACCAUUCGUCUGAAAAAGCUCGGACCUGAACAUGUCGAUGUGGCAAAUGCUUACGAUAAUCUGGGUACCGUGCAUCAUGAUCUUCGUGACCUGCUGCAGGCAAAAGAAUGCCAUGAUCGUGCACUGACCAUUCGUCUGAAAAAGAUUGGACCUGAACAUAUACAUGUGGCAAAUGCUUACGAUAAUCUUGGUACUGUGUACCAUGAUCUUGGUGACUUGCCGCAGGCAAAAGAAUUUCAUGAUCGUGCACUGACCAUUCGUCUGAAAAAGCUUGGACCUGAACAUGUCGAUGUGGCAAAUGCUUACGAUAAUCUGGGUACUGUGCAUCAUGAUCUUGGUGACCUACAGCAGGGAAAAGAAUGUCAUGAUCUUGCACUGGCCAUCCGUCUGAAAAAGCUCGGAGCUGACCAUGUCGAUGUGGCAAAUAGUUACAAUAAUCUGGGCACUGUGCAUCGUGCUCUUGGUGACCUGCAGCAGGCAAAAGAAUUUCACGAUCGUGCUCUUACCAUUCGUCUGAAAAAGCUCGGACCUUAA